AUUAGUUACUUUCUUUUUAUUUGAAUAUUAUUUGGAUAUUAUUUGGAUACAAAAACAAAAACAAAAACAAAAAGCAUAGAAACACCCAAACUGACAUCACCAUGACCCCAUCUUCAGAAAACCCUCCCCUCGACACAGCUCGGCAUACUAGAUACUGGCAACGAUGUUUCCGCUCCGUUCUCCCCCACCAUUAUACGAGCAACGAUAGCAGUCGACUUACACUUGGCUUUUUCAUAGUAGCCGCCCUCGACCUCUUAUCUUCUUCUUCUUCCUACUCCGAGCCCCCAAGUGAUCCCGUUAGGGCCUCUCUCAUAACCCGACAAGAUCGUACUCGCAUCCGCGCUUGGAUUCUCUCCCUACAACAUCCCCAAGGUGGCUUUUGCGGCUCACCCCACCAUGUUCUGCCAAAAGUAUACACCACCAAGUGGGAUGCUGCGAAUAAGACCGAAUCCGCGCGUGACCCGGCUAAUGCCAACAUCGCCGCCACUUACUUUGCCCUCCUUAUGCUAGGUGUCUUGGCUGAAGACGACGGCACCAAAGCAUUCGACGGUGUCCACCGAAUAAAGACACUCCGCUGGCUCAAGAAGCUGCAGAGAGAGGACGGUAGUUUUGGGGAGAUCAUCGACGAGGAUGGCUUCGUAGGAGGAGGCAGAGAUAUGCGGUAUUGCUACCUGGCUGCUACCAUCAGAUGGGCUCUUGGCGGCGCCGAAGCCGGCGAGGAUUUCAACAUCGAUGCGCUCGUGGCGCACAUCCGACGAGGCCAAACCUUUGACGGGGGUGUAUCCGAGACUUCGAUGCAUGAGAGCCACGCCGGGUAUGCAUAUUGCGCCGUAGCAGCUCUCUCCUUGCUCGAUCUCGCCAACCCCAACUCCGCCACGGAACCUGACCGGUACCUUCACGCCGGUAUUCCUUCCAUUCCCGCUCUAGUACAUUUUCUCGCCUGUCGCCAAUUCAAUUACUCCGACCCUGACUCCGACGACUCCGACGAAAACGAAGAUGCCGAAGACAAUACACCCCCCGAUCUAUCCACACUGACUAUAUCCGACGCAGAGCCAACAGUGGGAUUCAACGGCCGCCUGAACAAGGUCGCCGACACCUGCUACACGUGGUGGGUCAGCGGCACCUUGGCGAUGCUCGGCGCGGGCGAGAUUAUCGAUCGCGGCCCCGCCCGGAAAUUCAUCCUGGAGAAGACCCAGCACAUGAUCGGCGGCUUUGGCAAGCACCCCGGCGCCCCCCCGGACGUGUACCACGCGUACCUCGGCCUUGCCGCCCUGGCCAGCAUCGCGGGUGCCGAGAAUGAUGGCAGCGGCAAGGAAGAAGGGCUGGGCAAGUUUGACGCCCAGCUGUGCAUCGGUGUCGAGGCCGCCGCGCGGGUUGCCAAGGCUCGGGAGGCGCUACUGCGUGCCCCCGCCGAAGAAGAUAAUGGUAGCGACGACGACGACGACGACGACGAUGAUGAUAACGACUGGGGCUUCGAGACCGAGAAGAUAAAAGAAGAGCUCGAUUGGGAUAACAUGCAGGAGACGAUCGCGCGGCUCGAGGCCAAGUGGAGGGCCCAGGGGAAAAUCCCCGUGCACGAGAUGGAUCGGUGGAAUCCGUAUAACCCGCCUGAUUUGGAUGGCUUGCUUGCUGAGUAGACGGAUAAGGUAUCUAACCGUUUGUCGGCCAUGAGAUUAUGUACCCUGGGUAGGUAGUACAGUGAUGUGCUGUAGGUAUGAGGAAAAAUGGGAAAAGGAAAAUACAAGGAGAAGGAGAUGGAUAGAAAAUGGUUAGGUACUACAAUGAACAAAAAAAUGAUACCCCCCAGAUCUAUUGUCGUGAAGAAACUGGCAGAACUUCCUCCUCUGCGCUAUCUACAACACUAGGUACCGUCUCAAAUGUCUACUUCACGGGCCUCAAAAUCUACGAUUACAUACCGGUAGCUAGGUUAGAUCUACAGGGGCAGAUAGUUACUAGGUACCAGUAGUAAUAUGGCUUCAUUCUCACGUCUACCUAGUACUACCUACCACUAACCUAUGUACCUAACCCAUCACAUCAUCCAAUCAGUCCAUUUCCAUUUUAGCAUCCAUUCCCCCACCACCACCUAAGAGGUAGCUUAGCUAGUUUACUAGGUUAGAAUAGUAAUCUACCUAGCAACAAGCUUCAAGCUUCUUUGUAAUCACCCAGUACCUAGGGCACCUAGGCAACAACCCUCCCAAUAUCCACCUCAAUAUC